UAUGGACGGCCCCUAAGGCGGCGGGGGCCCGUUUCGUGCUUUGCCAUCGUGCGGGGCUCGCGAGGGCGAGACGGAGAACUGGAAAGCCUCUCGCUCUCUCCCGGCAAGCGAUAACGUGAGCGCUGCAACAGACGUUACGGGCUUUAUAGGAUGGCGCUUUCCCCGUCGCCGUCGAGCAGCUGGUUGGUGACGUUCCGGGACCCGCGGGAAAUCUGGGACCUGCACCCGACAUUCCUCCUCAGUGAGGUCACCAUCCUUUUGGUGGCGGCAGCGAGUGCUGUGCAUGCAAUCCGCAAGGGCGGGCGGUGGCGGUACAUGUGGGUGGGUACAAUUCUGCAUGGCCUCAUCGUCGAGUCCGUCAGCUACUUUCUGCCAAACAUCGACAACUUCUGGCAUGCGCAGAGUUCCACGAUGCUCCUAGGACAGAGACUCCCAAUACACAUCAUAGUGAUCUACCCGAUGAUGAUCUACCAUGCGUAUGUAGCCGUGAAUCACAUGGGUCUCCCGUGGUGGGCCCAGCCGUUCGCCGUGGCACUGGGGAAUUUGCUCAUAGACGUACCCCUCGAUAUCAUGGGCAUCAAGCUGCUGUGGUGGACAUGGCAUGAUACAGACCCCAAUAUAUUUGACCGUCAUUACUGGGUUCCGUGGACAUCCUACAUUUUCCACAUGACAUUCUCCUUCAACUUCACGAUGCUCACCAAUGCCUCAAGGUGGCUGCUCACGGGUAGCUCCUCCAGAGACAAGGUUGGGCGUCGUUUUAUCGCCGAGGUGCUGACGGUGCUCAUCCCUGGUUUCCUGUCCUUCCCCGUGGCGGUGGCCACGCAGUUCAUGUUGCUCUACCACGUACUGCACGACAGCCUUGAGAUCCACACAGAGAACCUGGUCGCCACUCUCAUAGCCAUCUACGUGUUCAUGGUGUGGAUUGGUGAACGUCACGCAGACAGGGGGGCAGGGAGCAGAGCCGAGAGAGGCAAUGGUGGGAACUGGCUGCUGGGCUGGCUGUCGCACGAGACUGCAUGGGCCAUGCUAUUGCACUUCAUUUUUUACACCUUGCUGGCAUACUUCGCGACUCCUCAAACGCAGCUGUCAAUCGGGCUGCACGAGCCGCUGGGCCCAUGCACUGCGCCGGACGUCGUGGUCAUGUCGCCGCUGGGACAGGCGCUCAGCAAGCGUGCCUACCUGUGCACCAGUGACUACGACGAGGACUACUUCAGUAUGGAUUGUAACUGGCUGCUCAAGUCACAUAAUCUGACCCAGCAGAGUGUGACAGCUCUCCCUGACGGCAAUGGAAUUACUCACUGGUACGCUGUGUGUGGGAAGCCAUACGCUAACAAGUACGAGUACAUUCACGCCGUGGGGAUGGUGUGUGCCAUGGGGCUCGCAUUUUUCCACACGGCAUUUACACCACGCCCGCAGCCUGGGCGAUUGGCUAAGCACAAGAGCAACUAGUGGAGCACACAGAAAACAUGUGUACACAAUUACAAAUACGCAGACACACACAUGCAAUUACUAACACGUACACUUGCUGCUGUGUUACUUACAUGCGACUCGACGCGUUCAUUACGUACGACGUUGGUGGCACAGCUCAAGUUCUGCAAAUGGAAAACAACUUGGUGGAUUCAGGGUCCAAAUUUGCCAAAUAUGGCAUGGCCUAGUUGUAGCACAUUGCACGCACGCAACAUGUGCAAUACACGCAUAUGCACAAUUACGAACAUAUUGCACACAAUUACCAACAAGCACAAAGACAAAGAUUCUCCAUAUACCCUUAACAUACUUUUUGGGGCAAGUUCUACUAGUGAGCGCCUAUGAAGACCAGCAAGGCAGACGAGGGGGAGGUCCAGGAUCGGUUCAGAUCAUCGUCACUGGUGUUAGCCGUGAGCAGGAAUCGAACUCGUGGUCGUCGGGUUCUUAGAGCAGUACACUAACCGCUACACUCCCACUCCCCACGAUUAUGCACACACACAAUUACCAACACACACAAAACACACAAGAACAUCUGAUAAAGCAUGGAUGGACAGAUAUAUGCACAAGCACACAAAUAUUUGCAAGAACUCGCCCAUAAGCUGGUUGGUGAUUAAAUCUCGAUUUGAAGCUUUUGUGACUGCAGGAAUCCAUACUCUUUGGUUCUUUCGGUAAAGUGACGUAUUUUAUACCUACGUGACUUUACCGAAAGAACCAAAGAGUAUGGUUGGUGAUGCAUAGCGUUCAAAGUGUCCUGUGAUUGUUUUUAUUGACUUGAGGCAGCAGACCCACAUGCCUUAAUAGUGUUUAAUGAGUGGCACCUGCCUUUGCUAAAGUACAUGUUCGGCAGCUUCUAAUAUCAGCCAUCUAUUUUCAUAUUAAAUACACAUGAAUUAACAGAUUUUUUUUUUAUUUCGUAAAAUGUUUGUGAUGUUAGCGGCAUUACUGUCAUAAUAAUAAUAAAAUUACUGUGAAUCGGA